UGAAUUAAUAUCAAUUCGAUUAACACAUCAGAAUUAGUAGAGUGAGAAAAACAAUUAACUCAGAAUUCAACGGGAACUGAUUGAGUGCAAACGUUUACGAAAAAUGCAAAUCAUGUUUGGAACAAUUUUCUGUGUUUUAUUGAAAGGUUUAGUAUUAAUAAAGGCAACUAUCACGCCGAAUGAUUAUACCACUUCAAACAUCCUUCAGGAAGAAAAUGUUUCCAUGCGUCCGGAAUUAAAUUUCACGCAGGAUAUUUCAAUGUCCGAGAAAAGUGAUCAUCAUAUACUAAAUUUCAAAUCUGACCGGAGUCAUUCUGAUAGUACUGUGAGAAAUGAGCGAGAAGUCGAUGAAGUUAUACUUGCAAAUAUUUCUAUCAUUCCAGAAUCUAUCGAAAGCAGUUUGGACAAGCCAAUCUCUCUCAGAGCAUUCGUACAAUUUGACAGUCAAUUUACAGAAAAAGUAAACGACAUUUUUGUGACAUUGAGAUGGAACCAACCAGAAUUUGCCGAUGAAAUAAUACAAAUGUACCAAGUGCAGUGUUCUUUCUUCGAGGACUUUAAAGAAACCUGCGAUGAUAAAAAUAUCACAGCUACAAAAUUGGAGCACACGGUGCACAAUCUAUCAUCUAACACGACAUAUUAUUUUCGAGUACGUGCGCAUACUAAAAUUGUUGCUGGUCCUUACACGGAUUUAAUCAAUGUGUCGACUACACAUGAAAAUCCAAUACCUAAAUUAUUAUUAAUCUCAUUAUGGGAUGAAAUAGAAAUAUUGGACGUGGAUUUAAACGUUACUAAUUUCGUAAUGCAAGGAUAUAAAUCCAUUUUUUUUGCAAGAUAUGUCACUUAUUUGAUACAAGAACAUAGAAUUUAUUGGAGUGACGGAAAAGAUCUACUGACAUUGAACAUUAAUGAAAAUAAUAUCACAAAAAUUGCUAGCUUUCAUAAUACUCUACAUAAUCUCUGCAUUGACUGGGUAGCAAGAAAUUUAUAUUUCACCUAUCGACGGUCAAACUACUAUUAUAUUGUAAAGUUCGACUUAACAAUGUGGGAAAAUGGCAUAAUUAAAUUUAAUGAGAUUCUCAAAGAAGAAAUUCCAAUCGAGUAUUUAAAUGUAUCACCGUCUAUGGGAAUUUUAUAUUAUAUACAAUUUUGGGGAGAACAUUUAAAAAUGAUAAAAACUGAUCUCGAUGGAAUAAUCGAGCAAAUUGUUUCUAUAAAUGCAUCUUUUUGCUCUUCAAAACUUUAUCAUGCUGCUCGAACUUUCAAAGAUAUGAUAAUUGAUAACAUGAAUAAUAAGGAACCGUCAAUUUACUGGUUAAGUGAUGAUUAUAUAUUUGUGACAGACAUUGACAUUUCUAUGUGCAAUACAAUUUUACACAACGAAAACAUGCGUGAUAACAUCCUAUUCAAAUCUAUGACGAUUGACAAAUCAAACAUCUACAUUUUACCAUUUCGAAAAAAUUAUAAGGCCAUGUUUCCAUAUAUGUACGUUUUGAAAAAGAAAUAUGCAAGUCUCAAGAGCGUAAAUGCAGCUGAAUAUGUUGAAAAGACAAUAAUAGAAAGAUCAUAUAAAAUGUUUUAUAAAAUUUAUGCUUUUGAUAAAUCUGUACAACCAUAUUCUCCAGCCAUAUCAAUGAGAUGUCUGACACCUUAUGAAAAAGUUUACAAUUUUGAGAAUGUGUCUGCAACGGCAAACAGCAUCUUUGUAAAUCUUCCGGAGCCGGUUGUAAAAAGUGGAUGCAAAAGAUAUAAUUUACCGACUACUAUAUAUACUAUCUCUGUAAGCCAGCAUUGUGUAGACAAAAAUCUCAACAAGUCUGAAGAAUUCAAUGUGCAGACGUGCGAGCAAUAUUACGAGAUUCAGAACUUAAUACCGUUUACAGAGUAUAAGUUGAAAUUUACUUUAAAAAAUGUUUACUUUGAUCAAUUAUCAAUAAAUCCAUUCGAUUCGAAUGUGAUACCAAUAAAAAUUAAUUCGGGCAAGCUUAAUGCACCAGAAAACAUAAGUGUUUUAGUUUUGACGCCUACUAUAGCAGUAGUUCAUUGGAUGCCACCCAAGAAAUUAAACUGUGCGGACCUGACUUACGAAGUGCAUUGGACGUCAGUUAUAUUUGUGAACGGCAUACAACAAAAGAGCAAACAAUUUAUUAAUAUGCCGAAACGUAUGGUAGAUGGCAGAUUUUUCACAAAGAUUAACUUGUCGCUACCAGUACAAGAUUACUUGAUAUACGUGCGUGUGUACCCAAUUAAUUCAAGCGAUUUGUACAACGAGAGUUUAAGCAAGAUCGUUCACAUAUCCUCAGAACCAAACAAUAUUACUUUGGACGAGGUCGACAUAAAUAGCAUGAACAUUUCAUGGAUCUCCAACAUUAAUCUGACAAUCUUUUUUACACUAGAGUACAAAGAUAUUGCAGCAGAAAAGUGGCAAACAAUGAAUUAUUUUAAAAUGAAUUAUAAAGAUAAAGUAAUAUACUAUGUCAAAAAUUUACAAUCGGGAACUUUAUACAAGUUUCGCUUGAUAUUGAGAUAUCUCGAAUUUGAGGAAACUUUUAUAUGGCCAGCUGAUGAAAGAUUUAUUUUUUCAACACUUGAUAUUCCGAGCACUCCUGGAAUAAUAGCGAAUAAAUAUUACUUAUUAUUGACGUUAAGUUUCAUGGUUAUAGUUCCUAUAAUCUGCGUUUUCUACAUUUAUCGUUUGUAUCGUCAACGCAGAGGUAAUAAUGAACAAUUUUUGUCUUCAACAAUGACCGAUGUAGAAUUGGCGAUUCUACAUGAAGUACCUUGGCGAAACACUCUGGAUGAAUGUGCGAUAACUAAAAUCGCACGAAAUCAAAUUACACUUACAAAACAUCUUGGUAGCGGAGCAUUCGGAACGGUGUUUCAAGGAAAGGUGAAGGAUUUAGAAAAAUCGGGCACAGAGAUAUCCGUUGUAAUAAAAACGCUUCGAAAAGAUGCUUCUUCCCAUGAGAAAGAGAAAUUGUUAAAGGAAGCCAAGCUUAUGAAUCAUUUUCAACACAAACAUAUAUUAAAAUUGUUUGCCGUUUGUUUAGAUGGAGAUUCUCCGUUACUAGUGUUGGAAUUGAUGGAAACUGAUCUGUUAAAAUAUUUGAGAGAAUGUCGAAAUUUGCAAGCGUCAGAUUCGCCUGCUCUGCGGUUGCAAGAUUUGCUCGCCAUGUGCGAAGAUGUUGCGCGAGGUUGUUGUUACUUGGAAGAGUUACGUUUCGUACAUAAAGAUCUAGCGUGUCGCAAUUGUUUAGUAUCUUCGAGAAAUCGAGAGAAUCGUGUCAUAAAAAUUGGAGAUUUUGGACUAGCUAGAAAUAUCUACAAGGAUGAUUAUUAUCGCGUGAAAGGAGAACGUUGGUUUCCUAUUCGCUGGAUGGCACCCGAAUCUUUGAUAAUUGAAAUAUUUACUUCUCAAAGCGAUGUUUGGUCAUUUGGGGUAUUAAUGUGGGAAAUUACAUCGUUGGGUGAGAAACCUUAUGUUGCCAAGACUGAUAAAGAAGUGAUAAAUUAUGUACGUGCUGGAGGCAGGUUACCGAUGACUCUUAACUGUCCGUCAUCUUUGUACCAGUUGAUGCUACGUUGCUGGAAUGCAGCGGAUGCUAGACCAAAUUUCGAAUUUUGUCUGAAAAAUAUUACAGCAUUAAGAAAGAACAUAGAGGAUGCCUUACUAAGUCCAGUCGAUACUAUUUAGCCAAUAUACUUAAAUUAAUGUUUAUCUUAUUUUCCAAACAACUCAAUAAAUCUUAAU